AUGUCGACGGGGGCACCGUCGCUGAGCGUGGACCUCACACCACCCUCCAUUGGACACAGUCAUAAUCAUGGUCAUAGUCGCGGUCAUGGCCACUCUCGAUCGAACCGCUGGGCGCAACCACCACCUCCCCUCUCUCAGCCAGCUGGCGCGGGUUUCCAUGAACACCCGGAACCAAUCAAUGCUGUGAACUCGAGUUAUUCAUAUGGGCAUACACGUCAACCAUCGGACCACGGUCACACGCAUGCGCACGCGCAUUCCCAUUCCAGUGCACAUCACAAUCAUAACCAUAGUGUGUCGUCUCUUCACCAUAAUGUGCUAGAUGACCAUCAUUUGAAGGGAGGUGUUCAUGGAAUGUUAUCUACGGAUAGCACUGUACAGGCAGGCCGUAGUUCAGAGAAAGUCCCCGAGUAUUUGACUAGCGCACUCAUCAUGUUACCGUGGGUUGCGCUAUCUUGGUACCAGAGACAAUAUGCCCAAAGCCAAAAGUUAUCUGGUGAAGGCAUACCUGGCACGAUAGCGAAUAUCCCUGUUGGGCAAGUUGGUCAAAAGACUUGCUUUUUGACAGCGAUUACGCUUGUGCUCUUCGGCUGUGGUCAAAUUCUACGGAUCAAUCAUUACAAGGCUGGCUCGUCCAGUCUCUCAUCUGUCAAUUUGCCGAAACUAAAUGCGAAGAGCGUCCAAGCCUCACUUUCACAAAUUGUCUCAGUGGCACUGCCAAUAUUUGCAGCGAUCAAAAUCGGAGGCUUUUUGGUUGCAUUUGCGUUGCUCCUUGCAACGGCCUCAGGGAUCCCAGCCGUCAUCAAUGGGGCCCCACGCACUCAAGAGAAAUACAGUCGAAAGAUUCUUUCCAUUGCUUUGCUAGUGGUGGUUAUCAUGUCGAGUUUCUUCGGGCUGAACCAUCCUUGGGAUGUAUCUCCAUUCAUUGGAUAUGCUGCCCUAUUAGGAUCUGUGUUUGUUACCCCUCCCCCAUUCCCCUCCCUCCGUCACAAUGGGCCUAUUCCUGAGCCAGGUAUUGUUGCUGCACAGAGCAAGUCUUCACACCCGAGCAACUCCUCCGUUGUGAUCACAACUGAUGCGCCACUAGCCAUUAUAGGCGGCGCCUCGCUUGCACUUCUGACCAUACUUUUUAACCGAGGAUUUAUCUUCAGCAUCUCGGAUCUGAUGUAUCUCCUUAUCCCUACGGGUAUUUUCGCUAUUUCUCUCAUGAUUUCCCUGCCCCCAAGCCUCCGCUCUCCGCAAAAGGCUGGACUUGCGAUUUGCGCCGGGGCUGCAGCUGUGCUUUGUGCCCCACAUGCCCAGGAUGACUUGCUCAUGGUUUAUGCAACACGUGGUAUUUUGGCUACAGCCUCUUUCUUCGCCUCUCGAAGGGACGAUAUUCAUCUGCAUCUGGAUACACAUGCGCAUAACCAUACGCACGGCCAUUCACAUUCACACACAGCCUCGGGAUCCUCCCGAAUAUCAAAGUGGCUUCUCCGUAAAAGUGAACCAUAUGCGUUGCUGCAUAGCAUUCUUAAGGAGAAGGAUUCUCGUAGCAUCUUUUACUUUAUGUGUCUAAAUUUCACUUUCAUGCUUAUUCAAUUAUCUUACGGGUUCAUUACCGGAUCACUGGGGCUGCUUAGUGACAGUAUUCACAUGUUUUUCGAUUGUUUUGCGCUUGUUGUUGGCUUGUGUGCCGCUGUCAUGAGCAAGUGGCCCCCGAACGCUCGAUUCCCCUACGGCUAUGGCAAAGUUGAUACUUUGUCAGGAUUCGCCAAUGGAAUUUUCCUCAUGAUUAUCAGUGUGGAGAUCAUUUACGAAGCGGUGGAACGGCUCUCAUCUGGGAGUGAGGUGCAUCGUCUAGGUGAGCUAUUGAUGGUCAGCAUUGCUGGUCUCGCAGUCAACUUGGUCGGAAUUUUCAGCUUCGAGCAUGGUCAUGCUCAUCAUGGCCAUGACCACGAUCAUUCUCAUGGCAAUGAGAACAUGCACGGCAUAUUUUUGCACAUUCUUGCCGAUACACUUGGCUCAGUGGCAGUCGUCAUUUCAACCAUUCUCGUGCAUUACUCCGGUUGGGCCGGCUACGACCCAUUGGCAUCAUGCUUCAUCGCCGUAUUGAUUUUCGCCUCGGCCGUUCCUUUAGUUAGCAGCACGGCCAAGUCACUGCUACUCACUCUGCCAGGCGACACCGAGUAUAAUGUUCGGGAAACACUAGCAGGAGUCAGCACUUUGAGAGGUGUGGAACGGUAUCUUCCGGACAUAGCCAUUCCCACGACCAUUCUAGCCAUGGAGACUGUGAUCAUAGUCACGAUCAUAGCCAUAGUCACAGCCAACACCAUCACGAUCAUGAGCACGACCACGCCCAUGAGCAUGGCCAUUCUCAUGCUCACAGCCAUGGCCAUGGCCACAGUCACGGUCACGAUCACGACCAUGCGCAUGAGAAGAAACCCCAGAACGUCCUCGGGGUGA